AUGGCUCCGUAUGAAUUACUGUACGGGAGGAAAUGUAGAACUCCUGUAUGCUGGGGAGAAGUAGGGCAAAGAGAGCUUGCGCCAAGUGAUUUAAUAGCAGUAACGAAUGAAAAGAUUAAGUUGGUUAGAGCUCGACUGAAAGCAGCACAGGAUCGACAAAAGGCUUAUUCAGACAAAAGAAGACGUCCCAUUGAAUUUCAAGUCGGGGAUUUGGUUCUGCUGAAAGUGUCCCCAUGGAAGGGUAUAAUCCGUUUUCGCAAACGCGGUAAGUUAGGUCCUCGUUAUAUUGGACCGUUUAAAAUCUUGGCUCGUGUUGGAAGAGUUGCAUAUCGAUUAGAAUUACCGCCUGCUCUAGACGGAAUUCACAAUACCUUCCAUGUGUCGCAACUGAGAAAGUGUCUUGCGGAUGAAACCGCGUUAGUACCACUCGAUGAUAUCGAGUUGGACGAAGGGUUAAAUUAUGUCGAAAAACCAAUAGCUAUUAAAGACGUCAAGGUGAAGAAACUCCGCAACAAAGCCGUUAAACAAGUAUUUGUCCAAUGGCUUCACCGAAAAGGGUCGGAGCUUACGUGGGAAUUAGAAGACGAAAUGCGUAGACACUACCCUCACCUUUUCGGUAUGUCAAUGUUUAAAUAG